UUGAUGCUUUUUUCAAUAUCAGAGUUUUUUAGCAAUACAACAAGCUCCUCAAUCAAUGUACGUCAGCUAAUACGAGAAAGGUUGCCGAGUUUUGAGCGUACAGUGAAAAACAGUAAGGUGUGCUUCUGCAGAAGUGGAAAACAGUGAUGUGAUACAAGUGCCAGUGUAUGUCAGUGGUUCAUUCUGAACGAUCAGCUAUCGAUUAGCCAGAAAAUUGCUGCUGGUUACGUGAAAAAAUCGAAAAAUCAAUCAAAAUUGGUUGUCUCGUCUUAACUAACUGAUAUUUUAAGAUAACAUAAUUAUUUUUAAUAUUAUUUUGAUUGUUGAAGUUGACGUACCAAUCUUAUCGUAAUUUUAGAUACACGAUACCAACAUUAUGAGAUGAAUGUUUUGUAUGGUUUGGCGCGCGAGUGUACAACGCAGGAUACAGACAAACAUACAAACUUUCAAUAAAAAAAUUGAAAGUGCCGCACCCAUCUAUUUAUUCUUAUUGCUGACACACUAGCGGCACUCCCUCCCAUCUUGAACGGCUGAAAGGCUUCAUAAUGACCUCGUCCUAUGAACGUAUCAAAUCUGAAUGCAAGCAGAAAGGUGUUUUAUGGGAAGACGAAGAUUUCCCUGCAACGCAAUCGUCCGUCUUUUACCAUCAAACGCCACCGUUCACCUUCCAAUGGAAAAGACCACACGAGAUCGUCUCAAAUCCGGUAUUCGUCAACGAUGCGUCCGCACAGUUCGAUAUUGUGCCUGGCAAGAUGGGCGAUCGUUGGCUUGUGUCGUGUCUGGGCGUACUCUACCUUUCAAAAGGGUUGUUUUAUCGAGUGGUACCGGCUGAUCAGAAUUUCGACAAACCGUACUAUGGAGUGUUUCGUUUUCGACUUUGGUGGUGUGGCGAAUGGUUAGAGGUGUUAGUUGAUGAUCGAUUACCCACAAUAAAUGGCAAGUUGGCCUUCCUUCAAGCGCAGAACACCAACUCGUUCUGGCCAGGUUUGUUGGAGAAAGCUUAUGCAAAAUUGCAUGGCUCAUAUGAAGCGUUGAAGUAUGGUACACUGCUGGACGGAUUGGCUGACUUAACUGGUGGUAUCACUGAGUCAAUAUCUAUCAAGGUAGAGAGUAAUAUCCUCAUACGACCACCCCUUCUGCAUAACCUAUUGGACACAACGAGCAUCAUAACCUGCACAAUCAACAAUGGUACCAUGACACAGAUCCGUAAUCAAACAGAGGCUUUGCCGAACGGAAUCCACGUGGGAAUUAAUUAUCGCUUGUGCUCGAUGGACAAGGCCGAAACUAUCAUGGGUGACACAGUUCAGCUAGUACGCCUACGAAAUCCUUUGGCUCAAACGCUCAGCAAAUCAUUUAACUUUAACGGCGACUGGUCAUCAUUUUCCAAUUCCUGGGAACGUGUAACAAUGAACGAAAGGAAUCGGCUCAUUGAGCAACUCGAUCAGGGUGAAUUCUGGAUGUCAUUUUUCGAUAUGACCCAAACCUUUACGCAUCUUGAAUGCGUUCAUCUUGACUCGGAUACGGCUAGGGAUGAACCUCAAUUAGCAGAUAAAAGUCGUCGCUGGCUAAUGCGACUGUAUCAGGGUGCUUGGAAACGGGGAGUUACGGCAGGUGGAUGUCGCAACAAUCCGGACUCUUUCCACAUCAAUCCACAGCUACAACUGUUUCUCAGUGAAAAAGAGGAUGUCAUCAUUUCUGUGAACCAGCAUAGCGUGCUUGAACCAAAAGUAAUCGGUUUCACAGUAUACAAUCUGAACAGCGUGCAAAACAUCAACGGUUGUCUUUCGAAAAAUUUCUUCAAGAAGCACAAAAGCUUAGUCAACUCUCAAUACACCAACUCGCGACAAAUUAGUCACCGAUGUUCACUUGAUCCUGGCCGCUAUCUUAUCAUGGCCACCACAUUCGAGCCUGCAGAGGAAGCAUCAUUCAGUGUCAGAGUUUUGGGAAGUACCAUUCGAUUGGCUCUUCUUGAAACUCAAACCAUGCUUUUACUAGAUCCGUUCCCGCUGCUCAACUCUAACACCAAGAUUACCAUUGAUUCAACAAAUAAUAACAACAAUAAUGGCAUCUCUUGUAGCACUGCGCAGUAUGAACCAGUUUUUAUGCAACUUGCGGAUGAUCAAAGAACGCUGAAUUGUUUUGACCUGCAAGAAUUACUCGAAGCGUGCCUUCCUAAUGAUUACAUUCGAAGCUGUGCCAGUAUAGAUGUUUGUAGACAGGUGGUAUGUUUAAUGGAUAAAACCAAUCGUGGUCGUAUAAAUUUUAACGAUUUCAACAAGUUUAUGAUCAAUCUCAAAACUUGGUGGGGAGUAUUCAAGAUGCACACAAAGGAAAAAUCGGGCAUACUGAAGGCAGAGCGAUUACGAGACGCACUUUUCGAUGUUGGAUUCCAGCUCAGUACGGAUAACAUUUCCAUCCUUAUUUUACGAUAUAUGCGAAGGGAUGGAACACUUCGAUUAGCUGACUUUAUUUCAGCAAUUCUGCAUCUAACUAUGGCUUUCGAGUUGUUCAAAGCAAAGGAUACGAAUCAAGAUGGAAUCAUUAGUAUGGGAAUGACUGAGUGGAUUAAAUCUGUUUUUAUGUGCUAGAUUAUGCACAAAGUGUAUAAACAUAUCUAAGCAUAUAUUUUUCAGUCAUUUAACUUUCGACCGCAGCAAUCAUCAUGAAGUAUCAUCUUUAAAUACAUUGAUGACUUGAUUACGAAGAUGAUGAAAAUGGAUGUGACAUAACUGAAGUGCGCUCAAAACGGAAUUUUCGUUGCUUUGUUUAAUAUACUUCUUUAUGUAAUAUAUCUACUGUCCAACUUUCUUUACUCAUAAGAUAGAUAUUAUUCCGUCCACAAAACCAUAAACAUAAGUUAAACGUUGUUGUUUCUACGCAAUUGUAACCGAAUGAUGGUAGCAAAGUAGCGCAUAACACACAACACGGCACAACAUGCUUCUACAAAGCAGUGGAAUUCUGAAAACCUAGAGUAUGGUGAUAUCAGGAAUGUAAAUAAAUUAAAUGAUUAAGUUUAACUA